UAAUAAAUAUAUCCGAUAGAAGAAUUCGUACAUUAAUAAAAUUAUUAUAAUAUUCAUGACUCAAUUGGUGAUAAAAAUUUCUAAAUGUUUGAUUAAUAGAUGUGGGAAAAAGUAGAUUAAAAAUCAUACGAAAAGCCAUGUUAACGAAGUAGUUCAGCGUCAAUAAUACAUAAUGAUUGCUUAUAUAUUUUUGGUGGAUUUACAUUUAAUGGCCGUUUAUCUGAAAUAAAUUAAUAUAAUUUCAAAACCUAAAAAUGGACAAAAAUAAAAACUAAAGGAUAAAAACCAACUGCUAGAGAAAGUAAUGGAGCAACAGUUUAUGAUAAUAAGAUGUAUAUUUUUGGCGGAUAUGAUGGUGUUUGUUGGUUAAAUGAUUUUUAUUCACUAGAUUUAUAUACAUUUGAAUGGAUAAAAUUGUAAAAUAAAGGUGAUGUUCCAAGUUAAAGAUUUGGAUUUGCUUCUGGAAAAUAUAAAGAUAAACUUGUUAUUUUUGGAGGUUUUGAGGGUACAUAUUGGUUAAAUGAUUAUUAUGAAUAUGAUUUUAUUGAAGGAUUUUGGAAAAAAAUAGUCCUUUUGAACAUUACACCUUCAGAAAGAUCAUGUCCUAGUUAUUUUUCUGUAGAUGAAUAUUUGUUUAUUUUUGGAGGUUUUAAUGGUGUCGAUAAAUUAAAUGAUUUCUAUAAAAUUAAUAUGAGGAAAGGAAAAUGUAUUAAAAUAUAAUAAAAAGGAGAAAUCCCUUCUUGUAGAUAUUUUCAUAGUUAAAUAUGUUAUCAGAAUAAAAUUUAUAUUUUCGGUGGAUAUAAUGGAUAAAUUAGACUUAAUGAUUUAUAUGAAUUCAAUAUUUAAACUAAAAUUUGGAAUAAAUUAGAAUAAAAAGAUCCUCCUGCUGGCCGUUCUUCUAUGAUUUUUUAAGUUUAUGAGAAUUCUCUUUAUUUAUUUGGUGGCUAUAAUGGAUUUAAUGUAUUAAAUGAUUUUUAUAAAUUUCAAUUUCCAGCAGGAAUAAUCCCUUAGUCUACAUAUUUAAAUGAUAUGUAUUAGUUAAUAAACAAUAAAUAAUUAAGUGAUAUUUAGUUUUAAAUUGAUGGAUAAGUUAUUUAUGCUAAUAAAAACAUUCUAUCUAUUAGAAGCGAAUAUUUUAAAAUGAUGUUCACUAGUGGAUUAAAAGAAAGCUUAGAUAAUCAAUUACCUAUUUAAUUAAAAGAUGUUUCUUAUGAUGCUUUUAUGAAUAUGAUUACUUAUAUUUAUACAGAUCAAUUUGAUUCGAAUUUACCUUUAAAAGGACUUAUAAGCUUAAUUCCUCUUAGCGAUUAAUAUUUUUUGGAAAGAUUAAAGUAUUUAUGCGAAGAAUCUAUUAUUAAUUAAAUAAAUUUUAUAAAUGUGAUUGACUGUUUAAUUAUUAGUUAGAAAUAUAGGUGUGCUAUUUUAAAAAAACAUUGUUUUAAAUAUGUUCUUGAUAAUUUAGAAGAAAUUAAAAAAAAACCUGAAUUUCAAAAACUUAUUAAUGAGCCUAACUUACUAAUGGAAAUUCUAAUGAAUAAAUAAUGA